GGGUCCAGUCUGGUUACUAAACCGUUUUCCUCAACUGCAGGAAAUCUGUCCCGUUAAGUCGUGACCGUCCACGGUUCACGCGUCCUUUACAGUAAACCCAGCCGCCUGAUCCACGCUGCAGAGCCGCUUUUUAUCUAUUUCUUUUUUAUCAUGUGCAACAGCCAUGUUCUCCAGCUGCUCCUCUGUCUGCUCUGCACCGGACUGACGGCUCAGGCGGAUCUGGAAACAGACGAGGUGGUUCCCAAGCUGCUAUCCAGGCAGGAGGUGUAUCUGUCAGAGGAUCCUAUCUACAGGCUACGACGCCAUCACCAAUGGCCCCUGGAUUUCUCGAGUAAACAACAUUCUGUGGCAGAGAACCUUAUUGUGUCGCUGUCGGCUUUUGGAAGGAGUCUAUAUCUUAACUUAACGAGAGACCUCAAAAUUCUUUCCAGAGACUUUGUUGUAGAGGAAAGGCUAAGGAACCAAAGUGUAGUAGUCAGACCCUUUUCCAUGAAGCAGCUCUGUUUGUACUCUGGCUUUAUCAUCAACCAUACAGACUCUCUGGCAUCACUGAGCACCUGUGGCGGUUUGACUGGGCUAAUUCAGAUUGGGGAAGACAGCCUGUUCAUCCAGCCGCUGGGUGAACAUGAUCCGUCACAUUCGUUCUCUGGAAUCAAACACCAGCUGAUCCGACAUCGCUGCUCACCAAAGAACAACCCUGGGCAAUGUGCUGGCCGGCCCGUCAACUGUGGGACCAUCGAAGCUUUCAACUACCUCCAGGUUGACAGCAUGUUUCAGCACAAGAGUCUGGGCGUUAAGAUCAACAUAAGAGUCAGUAAACUGGUGUUGCUUCACAGCCGCCCGGAAAGUUUGAAGAUAAGCCACCAUGGGCAAAGGUCUCUGGAGAGCUUUUGUCUGUGGCAACAGCGGGAGUUUGGAAUCCCUCGGUACCUUGGUACCAACCGCAUUACAGGUGGGAGGUACGGCGUCGCACCGGUGGACACUGCUGUGCUGGUCACCAGGACUGAUUUCUGUGUUUAUAAAGAUGAACCCUGUGAUACAGUCGGUAUAGCUUAUCUGGGUGGUGCUUGCAGUGCUAAGAGGAAGUGCGUAUUAGCGGAGGACAAUGGACUUAAUUUGGCCUUCACCAUUGCUCACGAGCUUGGGCACAAGGCCUUCCUCAGUCAGGCUCCCUCCUACAUUAGAGACUUGUUGCGUCCUUAUACCCCCUCUUGGAGGCUGAGGUCUCAGGACCUGAACCAGUUCAUGGUCCCUCAUACUCGUUACAGGACCAGCGGAGAUCGCUCCUUUCAGGCGUUCGCCCCGACGCUCUGGAACGAUCUCCCACUUUUCUUGCAGUUACUUGAUUCUCUUGAUGCUUUUAAGACAGAUAAGCCAUGUAUGUUGUUCUGCAGCCCUGUGGAUCAUAGCGUCCCGGUCCUGAUGGCCGAUAAAGUUAUUGAUGGGACUCCCUGUGGACCAUAUGAGUCUGAUCUCUGUAUUAAAGGGAGUUGUAAGAAAAUCGGCUGUGAUGGCAUCAUUGGCUCCUCAGCAAAGGAAGAUGCUUGUGGUGUUUGCAAUGGAAAUGGAGACUCUUGUAAAAUUGUGAAAGGAGACUUCAACUACACCAAGGGAAUGGGCUACAUUGAGGCUGUGGUGAUUCCUGCAGGAGCAUGGAGAAUCAAAGUCAUGGAGGACAAACCUUUGCAAAGCUUUCUGGCUCUGAAAGACUCCAGCAAGAGAUCCAUCAACAGUGAUUGGAAGAUUGAACUUCCAGGAGACUUUGAGCUGGCUGGGACCACGGUGCGUUAUGUGAGAAGAGGACUGUGGGAGAAAAUCUCUGCCAAAGGACCGACUAAAACUCCCUUACACCUGAUGGUUCUGCUGUUUCAUGACCAGAGCUAUGGAAUCCACUAUGAGUACACCAUACCUCUGAACACAAGCCAGGACCGGGUCAAUGAGAAACAGACGGAGCCACAGAGCCUCUAUAUCUGGGCUCACAGCAGCUGGCAGAACUGUACUGUCCAUUGUGGAGGAGGUGAGAGGAGCACAGUGGUUUCCUGUAUGCAGAUAGUCAAUGGCAGCAUGGAAGUCGUCAGUAAUGACUACUGUCGCUCCGAGACCCGGCCCCGGCCCAAGGUGCAGCGCUGCAACACUCUGCCCUGCCAAUACAGGUGGAUGACAGGUGAGUGGGGACCCUGCUCUGUGUCCUGUGGUCGGGGUCUGCAGCAGAGAGAGGUGUCUUGUGUUUACCCCUCACUAAAUGGCUCACUCAUGCACACCAAGGACUCGUACUGCAAUGGAGGAAAACCUAAGGUCCAACGGGGCUGUGAGGUCGACCCCUGCCCCUCGACGUGGGAGGCUUCCGAGUGGUCAGAGUGUUCAUCAGAGUGCGGUCAGGGUGUUCGCAGAAGGACAGUGCGGUGCAAAAACCCAGAAGGGGGCUGUGAUCCUUCCUCUGAGCCAAAUCAGGAAGAGCCUUGUGAGAACGAGUCUGGAUGCUACCAGUGGAGAUUUGGAGACUGGUCCAAGUGCUCAUCUACAUGCGGAAAAGGUCUGCAAUCACGAGUGGUGCAGUGUAUGCACAAGGACACCGGUCGUCAUGGAGACAGCUGUCCGUUAAUGUUGAGGCCGCCGAUUUACCGAUCCUGUUUCCGGGAAUACUGCUUCAAUAAAGAUGCCUGAAGGAAAGCUGAUUGGAUAAGCUGGUUUUGCUCUGCAGCCCCACAGCUGAUUGAGGAGGAGAGAAGAACGUUUCUCAGUAGCUGCUUGUAUGGAGUCAGCUUCUCUCUGUUUGAGAGUGAAAAGGACCAACAGGGGGCCAGUCCCUCCCCCUGUAACAGGACAGCGGCCCUCAGGAUGAACCGCACAUCAUUUGUUUUAUUUACUUCAUAGCUUUUUAUUUUUGGUUUCCUUAUAGUAAGUGUUUAACAUUAAAGCAGUGGUUCCCAAAAAGGAGGCGCCUCCUAUUGGGGGCUUAGUGUAAUUACAGGGGUUUGGGGAGGUCAAGGUAGACCUAAACUGGAUGGAAAUUUGAAAAAAGGAAAAUCAAUAUAUCAAUCUCAACUUGAUAUUUUAUAUUUUAUUCUUCAAAUUUUUUUUUUUACAGAUUUUAUAUUUUUUUAUGUUUAACCCUUUAUAAAGCACUCAG